GUGUGACUGACGGUGUUAGGUCACUGAAAACACAAGAAACUUAGCUUGUAAUGUAGAGCAAAAAUCAUGGCAAAAUCACUUAGAAAAUGCUCACAACAUGGUUGGCUAACAUUUGGAUGAAAAUUGAGACUCUCAUCGAUGGAAAGAUAUUCACAACAAACAGCUAAAAGGAAGAAGGAGGCAGCCGAAACAUCGCUUGACCGAUUACGACGAAGCAUCGAAGGUGCACUAGAAAAAGAAAAGCAAUGCGUUGAACAGGARGCUGUSAACCAGUACAUCCGGGAUGCCUCAAUACGAAUGAGCCUCAAUCUACCAAUCAAACCAGUCAAAGUCAUCCCGAAAGAACAAMCUCAAAAAGACAAAAGUCAUUACCAUGRUGACAACAAAUUACCCAGCCUUCAACAMGGUGAAAAGUYUCCAAUUAAAAAAACUGAUGAACACAUGCUCAACAAUGAAAAUACUGCUGGUCAAAUAAAAUUACCUAACCAAGUGCAUUCGCCCAGGGGAAGUCAAUCUAGCGUACGAUUGCCACCGAUAAUUAUUGAUACUGGGCAAAGAGAAACUAUAGGAAAAAGGAAAAGAAAGAAAGAUCAGGAUAAUGGACAACAAGUAGUCCGAAAAUCUCCUAAGCAGAAUUUAACAAAAUUGACAAAAAAUCGACUUGAAAGUGACUCUCCUAGUGAAGAAGAGCUGAGUGUCGUGAUGUGCGGUCGGUCGCCCGCGAUUCAAGGAAGGGAAAAGGAACUGUUCGUGUCAAAACACGGCCGUUUCAAAAGUAAAUAGAACAAUAGGUUUUUUUUUAAAUGUUCAGUUUAACUGACGUAGUCGACACACAGACGAUCGAAAUAGACUGAAGUUUUUACGUCACCAACUUUAUUUGCAUUGUGCAGGGACGGAUCCAGCUGAUGGGUGCAGGGGGUGCGCACCCCCAGCACCGAGAUCUGUAUCCUUCAAUACUUUCUAAUGCGCCCCCCUCCCCCCCGAGAUCUGUAUCCUUCAAUACUUUCUUAUUUUGUAUCUUCAUGGCAAUGAUUUUUUGUGGGGUGCACUCCCUACUGGGCGCCCCGCACCCCUCCCUGAGGAAAAUUCUGGAUCCGCCCCUGUUGUGGAGAAACAAACGAAAUCCUCCAUGUUUUUUCCCAAACAUAUCUACAAUGUAUUGCGUAUACGGUAUAUAUAUGACGUAAAAAGCUUCAGAGGUCCAUAGCAAGCAAAAAUAAAAACUAAAACUUAAUUGUAAUGCAUUAUCGAUAACUCAGUGACAGAUUCUUCCCCUUUAGAGGGAAAGACGGCCUCUCCCCUUCAAUGUAUCGAUCCACGUCUGGAAUCAGAACUUAUGUACUUCUGUUUGACGGAUAAAGUGCGUUCGUCUUGGUAUAUUCUUACAAUCAGUUAUAUUAUAAUCAGCCUAUGUAUGUACGGUGAAAACACUACGGCUGCGUUUCGCACGAACGUAGUUUUGAAAACAGAAAAUAAACAACUUAUCAUAUUCAAA